GGCAAGUGAUCUGGUCGCUCAAUCGAUCGACCACGGGAGCACUACAGGACGCGCGAUGAGGCCAUCGAUCGUGCUGUUCGGCGACUCCAUCACGGAGGAGGCGUUUGGGGAGGGCGGCUGGGGCGCGUACCUCGCCAACCACUACUCCCGCUCCGCCGACGUCCUGCUGCGCGGGUACAGCGGAUACAACACGCGCUGGGCGGCCAGGGUCGCCCACCGCGCCGUGGCCAGCAUAGCCGGCGCGGUCUCCGCGGUCACCGUCUUCUUCGGCGCCAACGACGCCGCGCUGCCCGACCGCGGCAGCGCGCUCCAGCACGUGCCAGUCGCCGAGUACAAGGACAACCUCCGCGCCAUCUGCGCGCUCCUCAAGAAGCGGUGGCCGUCGGUGGCCGUCAUCCUCAUCACGCCGCCGCCGGUCGACGAGGACGGGCGCCUCCGGUACCCGUACGCGCACGACAGCUCCGGCCUCCCGGAACGGACCAACGCGGCGGCGGGCGCGUACGCUCGGGCAUGCGUCGACGUCGCGAAGCAGUCCGGGCUCAGGGCCAUCGACAUCUGGUCCAGGAUGCAGAAGUUCCCCGAGUGGGAGAAGACCUUCUUGAGGGACGGGCUGCACCUGACGCCGCGCGGGAACAGGGUGCUGUUCGAGGAGGUGGUGUUCGCGCUCAAGGACGCCGACCUCAGCCUCGAGGCUCUGCCCGCCGACCUGCCGCUCUUCGGCGACAUCGACCCCGACAACCCCGGCAAGUCCUUCGAAGAGGGUGAAGCCUCCUGAUAAGAAGACCGUCGUCAUACAGUGUUAUUAGUUGCAAAAUUAAUUCAGGUUCAGUUUUUUCGAAAUGUCCAAUAAAUACCCAAGUUUUAUGUUCUAUCAAUAUACCAGAUUGUGUUUAACUGUUUUGUGUGCGCCAUAAUUUGGAGUGAACUUUGUAAUGCAUCAGAUUUUCUUCUGCA